CUUCUUUCUCUCUACUAACCCCAGCCACCAACACCACCUUCCAAUGGCUUCUUCUUCCUCCUCUUGAUUUCAAUUCCUAAAUCCAUUCAUUUCAGAUCUAUUUUUUCACUUCUUCUUCCUUUCGUAACUUCAACAACCCAUUCCAGAUUCACCAACUCAAGAGCCUAAUUUCAUUUUCAUUCUCAAAUCUCCUUUUCACCAUGAAAAUUUCUUAAACCACCACAAACUCGCGUUAAAGACUAUCUCUUCCUCUCUAAACAAGAAUUCAUUCAUUCCAUACGCAAGUGCUUCGCGAUCAUCACACCCUCCGAAGAAAUUGAGAGAUGAAAUUGUUGUCAUAGGACGAACAUUGACACUACUUAAAUGUCCAUAAGCUUCAAAUGCAAUUACCAUUUGGUCUUUGUUGUCAUGUUGUUUUUUGUUCCAAAAGGGCAUGCCAUUAUUUCUUGCCUUAUGAACCAUUGUUAUGGCUGAAGGUCUUUCUCAGAGUUCCAUUAAGUGCAUUGCAUAUAUACACAACUUUCCUCGCUUUCGUGUUCCUCUUGAUGAUUCUAUUAGAUUGAUUAAGGAAGUAGAAAAAAAUUAAAAAUGAUUCCUUAAGCAGCUGUAAAUGCUAAUGAGAGCAAGGAGCCUUUGAUAGUUAAAUUUCACCAAUCAUUGUACCACUACUUUGAGAGCAGGGAUUUGGUUUAGAAGUGCUCGAUUUGUGAUGUGCGUGAUCCAAACGAGAAAGAGAUCGAAGUUGCCGUCGAAAAGAAAAACAGUAAGAGUUGAUACUGAUGGUGUCAUUGAAAGAGUGAAGGAACUUUUUAGAGGUCAUAGAGACUUGAUCUUGGGAUUUAACACCUUUUUGCCAAAGGGCCAUGAGAUUACCCUUUGUCUGAGGAUGAGCAACCUCAACAAGUCUAACACCCUGGUCUACAAAGAGGUUGCUGCACUCUACCAAAACCACCCGGAUGCUGCAUCUACUCAUGCUUUUGCUCGGAAUUCCAUGUUUCGUGAUAGGAGCUCUGCAAUGCCAACACUACGGCGAGUGCAGGUUGAAAAGGUUUGUCUUCAGUUCUUAUGUCCCUUUCUGUAGUCAAAGGCAUGCCUAAGGAGCUGAAAUGAGAUGCCAACAGUGUUGUCAAUCGAAGAUCGCGUAAAAUAGUCGUUUAAAUUCUGCUACGCAACAGUGUUAUAGUGUCACUAUAGUCACUAUACUUUUUCAGUGACUUGAUGUUUAAGUAUGAACGAAUUAUGAGAUAUACUCCUAUUAGCUGUCUUAUGUACUUUACAUUUAACGUAGUUUACAAAGAAGUGUUCCAGAAUGUUUGGUAGUUAAUAUUAUUAUUACCGAUGUGAUGUUGGAAUGAAGUUUCAAUUAUAAUA